AACUCUACUGGCAUUUUUCACAAACCGUUAAUCACCUUGACAACUUCCUAUUGCUGUCCACAAAUAACUUGACGUUAUUGUUCAAAGCAGCAGAGUGUAACUUCAACAGCUACUUGAGAUUAUUGACAAUAAUGCUCAGAUUCUUCAGCAUGAUUUAGUGAUACAGCACGUGCAGAAUAAAAAUAUGUAGGUUUAUUGUCAUCCAUAAACAAAUAGCAUUCAGUACUUUUUUUCUGAUAUAAAGUUAUGACUAAAUGUAAAAAUAUGAAGAAAUAUGUAAUAUAAUACCACAGCUGUAUUUUAGCAAGUGUACCAAUAUUUUUAUCGUUUGGUAUUAAUUAAUCUAGAAUUUUGACGAUAAUUCAUUCAAGUUCACAACAAGAGUGAGAGUAUCAUGAGCAACGAGUGGAGAUUUAUUGAACAUGAAACCUGGCAAUAUGUAUAAAAAAAGAGAAGAGAAGGAAAGAUUGGAGGGCAGGUAUGCUUCUGUGUAUUAUUAUCAUCACGUGCUUACACUGGAUUUAUAUAAUCGAGUCAGCAGUGACAACUUGUUCAGUUGGAAGUAAUUUCCUUAACUUGAUAUCAAAAUUCUAAGAUCAGAAGUGGAGACAUCAUUCAAGAAUAAAAGAACAUCACUAAUGUUUCCUUGAAGAUUACUAUAAUUAUUUAACUGUAACACUGUCUUGACUAAGCACUUCUCAAUUAUUUAAUCGGCAUCACUAUGGAUGAUAAUUUAUCAUCUCCAGAAGCUGAACCAACACUCCAAUGGCCGGAUUGGGUAGCAGUUGGUUUAACUCUUCUUGCAUCAGCUGCGAUAGGAGUUUAUUACAGAUUUACUGGUGGUCGACAGAAAACAGCUGAGGAAUAUUUUUCUGCUGAUCAAUCUGUUGGAACUGUUAUGCUUGCCUUUACGAUGAUGAUUGCAUAUCUUUCAGCAAUUUCACUACUUGGAAUCAGUGGUGAAAAUUAUAGUUAUGGUGCACAAUUCAAUCUCAUUUAUAUUGGUCUUAUUUUGGGAACGCCAAUCGUUUCUUAUUUUUAUCUUCCGGUUUUUUAUGAGCUCAAGAUGAUGAGUGUAUUCGAGUAUUUAGAAAGGAGAUUUGGAAAGACAACAAGAUUAUUGGCAAGCAUAGUGAAUUUUUCACAAAUUUGUUUGUACACUGGAAUAGUAAUAUAUGCUCCAUCACUUGCUUUAGAAUCAACGACGGGAUUAAGUGGAAAUAUGAGCAUCAUUCUCAUAGGAUUAAUUUGUACUUUUUACUCCAGCAUCGGUGGAAUUAAGGCCAUCAUCAUAACUGAUAUCUUGCAAGGUGCUCUGAUGUUUAUUUGUGUCUACUGUGUAAUCGGUAUAGCAUUAAGAGAUAUCGACAGUGGCGUCUGGGGUAUUUUCAUUAAUGCACAAGAAGGAGGACGAUUAAACUUCUUCAACUUCGAUUUCGACCCUACGGUUCGACACACUUGGUGGUCUUUAACAAUUGGCGGUACCUUUUUUUUCCUCUCACUUUUCGCGUGCAACCAAGUUCAAGUUCAACGGAUGUUAACAGCAAAAACAAUUGGCGAUGCCCGAAAGGCCCUUUGGUUAAAUGUACCAAUGACUAUGAUGUUGGCAUUGACGAUUUCGUUCUCAGGACUCGUUCUAUACUCACAUUACCAAUAUUGUGAUCCAGUGACUUCAGGAAAAAUUAAAUCAUAUGAUAUGAUUAUGCCAUUCUUCGCCAAGGAACGAUUGACACGAAUUCCAACGCUCACUGGAAUCUUCAUUGCUGGAGUAUUCAGUGCAAGUUUGAGCACAGUGUCAGCAAUGCUGAAUUCACUGGCUGCAAUAGCUUUAGCUGAUUAUAUCAAACCAUUGUAUAAAAGAUUCGACCGUGAGUUUCCAAGUGACAAAGCAGCAAUGUACGGCAAAAUUCUAGGAACUAUGAUAGGCUUUGCCAGCAUUGCAAUAGCUUUCUUGGCAACACGGUUAGGAGCACUGAUUCAGGCUGUUCUAGCGGUUAAUGGAGCAUUUGGUGGUCCAGUUUUAGGACUAUUUUCUUUGGGAAUGUUUACAGAAGCUGCUAAUGAAAUUGGAGCAGUUAUUGGUACCGUCAUUUCUAUAUUACUCAUGGUAUGGAUUGCAUUUGCUCCAAAACCUAAAGAACCUUUUCUUGAUAUGAAAAUUGAUCAAUGUCCUAAUUCUACAUUUACUCAUCCUUCAAACUCUAGUAUCAGCGAUGACGUUUCAUCCUAUCUUUACAUCAAUCGACUCUCCUAUUUGUGGUUUACGCCACUGGGUAUGAGUUUUGUGAUAAUAAUCGGUUAUGUAGUAAGUGUCAUAGCUCAAAAGUGUUCAAAAAUACCCCAGAGAGUUCUUAAUCCUAAUCUCUUUACACCUCUGGUGGCUGCUAGGAUUAAACGAAGGCUUGAAAAGGAGGUGAAAAAUAGUCAAAUUUUCGUUUUAGAUUCAAAGACAUUUAAUUCUAAAGAAUCUUUAGAGUCAUGAGUUAAAAUAUUGUUAUAAUUUAUUAUUUAAAUUAUCAGUUUAAGCAGAAAAAUGUACUAUAAUAUUAAUAAGAUAAAUUAUAAAACAGUAUUUAUCAUAUUACAGACGAAUAAGUGUUUUUUUUUAGAAUUUAUAAUGGCCAGUUUCUUGUAAAAUAAAUUUUUGUUG